GAUUUAAUAGAUAUUCACGUAUGUUUCAAACUCGCGCUUUUUUGUACGCACAUGUGGCCAUGCGCAUGCAUUUAUGAGCGAGGCGUGUGGCCACGGAUCAUGAGCACGUGGCUGCAGAAUAUGUUCAUGUCAUUACGUAUCGUCGAUGUGACAUGCUUUAUAACUUAAACAGUCGUCAAUUUUAACAAUUAAUACCUUGCUUCAUGAACGAGCUUUUUUCCUUUCAAAUUCUUUCAUUUUAUACGCGUAAAUACGCGUCGAUUGAAUAUAAAUUUAUCGAUUUUGGAAGCGAGACCUCUGAACUGUAUAAUUACUCAAAUGACAAACUUGAGUAAUUUUUCUUUGAGGAAUAAGAUGGUCUUGACUAAGCAAUAUCUGAGGUAUGUUCCGGCAGGUAAUGCGAACAUAAUUACAAGUUCUCGGUGCAAUGUUAUUUUCGUAACAUUGGAAGAUCAGGAAGGAAGAUUUGUCGCUAGUGGGGCAUGCGAACACGUAUUUAUUUGGGACUUACGGCUUGGUGAGAAGGCACAAGUGUUAUCCGGUGAAAAAGUGGACGUAACACGUUUAGCUGCAUCACCUAACAGAAGACACAUUGCGGUUGGUUACGCGGAUGGGACAGUGAAAAUUUUUGAUUUACGCUCUGGUGAAAAUAUUAGCAUAUUUGUAGGACAUAAGUCUGCAAUUACAACAUUAGCGUAUGAUGCUUUAGGACACAAAUUAGCCAGUGGUUCCAAGGAUACAGAUAUCAUUGUCUGGGAUGUUGUCGGGGAAAUUGGAAUAUGUAGAUUGACUGGGCACAAGGAUGUUGUAACCAAAUUAGCAUUUACGAAGGAACACAAUAUUCUUAUUAGUUCCAGUAAAGACUCGUAUGUGAAAUUUUGGGAUUUAGAUACAGAACAUAAUUUCAAAACUCUCAUUGGCCAUAGAUCAGAAGUUUGGAGUUUUGCAUUGGUAAAAGAUGAUAAAUACUUAAUAACAGGUUGCAACGAUACCGAAUUGCAUGUUUGGAAAAUAACUUUUGUCGAUAACAAAAAUAUCGAAUUUAAUACUGCUGUAGACGAUGUAGAUGUCAACGACAAAAGUGUAGAUACAGACAUGAAAUAUCCUAUCAGAUGUGAAAAGGCAGGAAGCAUAAUAAGAGCUAAAUCCGGCCGAGUCGUCUCGUUAGAAGUUGACCCUACGUGCAGAGUUAUCGGAUGUCACGGAGUAGGGAAUACCAUAGAAUUGUUUUACUUAUUGCCCAAUGACGAAGCGAGAGAUAAAUUCACAAAGAGGUUAAAGAAGGAGAGAGCAAAGUCUCAGAAGGAAGGGAAGGAUGCCGAGAAGGAUCUACCAACUGCACCGACUAUGAUGGAUGAAAUAAGGCGUUUAUCUGCCUUUAGAAUAUCCGAUAAAGUCAAGGGAAUUGAUCUAAUUAUAGGCAAAGGAAACGAACUCAGAAUAUGUGUCGGAGCUAAUAACAACUCGAUCGAAUUACACUCUCUGUAUGUAGACAUGAAGGAUGCUAAAGUGAAUUCUUUACGUUUAUUAACAAUGCACGGACAUCGCAAGGACGUACGUGCUCUUUGUUUCAGCUCCGAUAAUUUAGUAUUCGCUACUGUUAGUGGAGACUCAAUUAAACUGUGGAACAGGCCAACGUUAGCGUGUCUACGCACGGUACAGUGUGGUUAUGCUUUGACAGUAACAUUUGUACCAGGUGAUAAACAUCUAAUUGUUGGUUUGAAAGAUGGUAAGAUGCUCAUCGUCGAUAUCGCGUCUGGUGAUAUUUUGGAAGAAAUACCAGCACAUUCCAAAGAACUCUGGAGCGUGACAUUAUUUCCCGAUUUGAAAGGGGUUGCUAGCGGUGGUGGUGAUCAUACCGUAAAGUUUUGGAACUUUGAACUUAUUCCAGACUCCAACAGUCAAAUCAAAGCAAAGGUGCUCUCUGUCGUACACACGAGAACGCUCAGCUUGGAAGAGAGCGUGUUGUGCGUAAGAAUAAGCCCGAACAAUAAACUUGUUGCUGUUUCUUUACUGGACUGCACCAUUAAGAUCUUUUUCGUGGACUCUUUUAAGUUCUUCGGAUCUCUUUAUGGACACAAAUUACCAGUAUUGUGUAUGGAUAUAUCCAGCGACUCUGCCCUUUUAGCAACCGGUUCUGCUGAUCGAAAUAUUAAAAUAUGGGGUCUAGAUUUUGGUGAUUGUCACAAGUCCAUUUUUGCGCAUGACGAUUCUGUUACGGGCCUCUCGUUCGUACCUGGUACGCAUCAUUUCUUCACCUCUGGGAAAGAUGGCAAAAUCAAGCAAUGGGAUGCCGACAUAUUUCAAAAGAUUGUCACAUUACAGGGCCAUUUUGGAGAAAGUUGGAAUUGCUGCGUUUCAUCGAACGGCGUUUACGUCGCAUCGUGCGGUUCUGAUAGGGUAAUAAGGUUGUACGAGAAGACUAACGAACCUUUGGUGUUGCAAGACGAAGAGGAGGAAGAAAGGGCACAGCAGGAAAACGAAUUAGUCACUGGGGAAAGCACUAUGGUGUUAGGGCAGAAGCAACAGACGUUGCCUUCGAGGAAAACCGUUAGCAGUGAGAAGGCUGCUGAACUGAUAUUGGAAUGUUUGGAAAUAAGCAAACAAUACGAGGAAGAAUCCAGGAAAGUUGCUUCAUCCGGAGCAGUGCUAUCACUACCUCCAUUAAUGCAAGGUUACGAUUGCACAAACACCGAGGAUUUCUUAUUGGAGACUUUUAAACGAGUUAGAGCGAGCGAAUUAGAAGAAACGUUGCUGCUACUGCCAUUCUCCGCUGCGUGUGAUAUUCUGCAAAAGUUACCUCUACUGCUGAAAAGAGAUUACCACACUGAACUGUUAGCUAGAUUAGCUUUGUGCUUGAUACAAGCUCAUCACGGUCCCACCGUAGCUAGUGGAAAUCUUCUGUCCAUAGUGGAGGACGUGAAGACGCUCGCUAUAGAAAAGAUAUCUGCUUUGAGGGAUAUCGUAGGACUCAAUUUACACGGCAUGAUGUAUAUGCAACGUGUUCUCGAGGAACGGGAAGGAGUCAAACUCUUCAGGGAUGCUACAAAAAAUAGUAAGCAGAGAAAUAGAGUCAGGAGGAACAAGGAAAAGGCUAUAAAGAGAGCAGUCAUGAAUCUGUAAAUCUUAUUCAUCACGUUAAAAAGUCUUUGUAUGUAAAUACAAA